AUGCAUUGCGUUCAGAAGUUGGGGUUUGUUCCACAUUUGUUUGAUGUGCACCGAGCAGGGGCCACUGGACGGAAACAGAGCGCUGCAGCUUGUACAGCGAUCAGGAAGCGUACCCGAAAACAAGUCCAGGCGCUCUUUACCGGGCUUGUUGAGGAGCUUGGCACCAUCGUGCAGCGCACGGAGACACAACGUGAGCCUCCCGCAGUGGAGCUCAGCAUCCGUGCGCCGGGUAUCUUUCCAAGUCUGAAGCUUGGCGAUAGCGUGGCGGUGAACGGUGCAUGUCUGACGGUCGCGUCGCUUUUGCCGCAACCGGCUUUCCAGGUGACCCUCGCCCCGGAGACACUGAGACGCACGAGUCUCGGGCAGCUCGGCCUCGGGGAUCAAGUGAACCUGGAACGUUCCAUGGCCGCUGACGGUAGGUUCGGAGGUCACAUCGUGCAAGGACACGUGGACACCACCGGUGAGGUGCUCGACGUGCGCCUCGAAGGCGAUGCGCUGUGGUAUACGGUUCGGGUGCCGCGUUCAGCAGCGUCCAUGGGGUCAGCGCUACAGCCGGACUGCUUUCUGUAUGUUGUGCCCAAGGGGUUCAUCGCUGUGGACGGGGUCAGCUUGACAGUGUGUGACGUGAACGAUCGAGAGCGAACGUUCACGUUCAUGCUUGUUCCAUACACUCAGGAACAUGUGACGUUACCGGGACGACGCCCUGGUGACCUCGUGAAUCUGGAGAUGGAUAUCAUCGGCAAGUACGUUCAGCGACUUGUUGAAUCACGACUAUCCGCGGUGCGCUGA